AUAAAGAGCCUGACAAAUAUUUUCCAACCAACUCUCGCUUCUGUACGUGAAGCAUUUACUUUGCUAUACUUCCAGCCAGUUUCCCCUCGUCUCAGAUCCUUUACGCUCUCUCCGUCAACUAGCCAUGGCCCCCGUCAAGAUCGGCAUUAACGGAUUCGGCCGCAUUGGCCGUCUCGUCGCCAGGGCUAUCCUCAAGCGUGACGAUGUGGAGCUGGUCGCUAUCAACGACCCCUUCAUUGACACCACCUACAUGGUGUACAUGUUCAAGUACGACACCGUCCACGGCCAAUGGAAGGGUGAUGUCUCCAAGAAGGACGACGAGACCCUGAUCUUUGGCGGCAAGGAGGUCAAGGUCUUCGCCAAGAGGGACCCUGCUGAGAUCCCCUGGGGCUCGGCUGGUGCCGACUACGUCGUGGAGUCCACUGGCGUCUUCACCGCCAAGGACAAGGCCGCUGCCCAUCUCGUCGGUGGCGCCAAGCGCGUUGUCAUCUCCGCUCCCAGCGGUGACGCCCCGAUGUACGUCAUGGGCGUGAACCACACCGAGUAUACCGCCGACCAGAACAUCAUCUCCAACGCCAGCUGCACCACCAACUGCCUUGCCCCUCUUGCCAAGGUUAUCAACGACAAGUUCGGCAUCGUUGAGGGUCUCAUGACCACUGUCCACGCCGUGACUGCCACCCAGAAAACUGUCGACGGCCCAUCCAACAAGGACUGGCGCGGUGGUCGUGGUGCUGGCUUCAACAUCAUUCCCAGCGGCACUGGUGCUGCUAAGGCCGUCGGCAAGGUUCUCCCCGCCCUCAACGGCAAGCUCACUGGCAUGGCCUUCCGCGUGCCCACUGCCGACGUGUCCGUGGUCGACCUCACCGUCCGGUUGGAGAAGGGUGCCAGCUAUGACGACAUCAAGGCUGCUCUCAAGGCCGAGUCUGAAGGCGCCCUGAAGGGCAUCCUCGGUUACGUGGAUGAGGACCUGGUGUCCGCUGACUUCAUUGGCGAUGACAGGUCGAGCAUCUUCGACGCCAAGGCUGGUAUUGCCCUGAACAACAACUUCGUGAAGCUGGUGUCGUGGUACGACAACGAGUGGGGAUACAGCAACCGCGUCGUGGACCUCAUUGUCUCCACCUCCAAGGUUGUCUAAACGAAGCGCGUGCUGUGCUUCCGUUAGUUCAGCGUAUGUUAGACUUAUAUGAAUGCUCUUGCCAUGGAACUUCAUUUUAGUGAAAUUUCGUAUUGGCAAGCUAAUUUCGGCAACCACGUCCUCCUGAGCCGCGCUUCUGUCUCCUGCCUUCAGGUCACUGGAUCGAAGGUAAAAGCUGUCACAGACACCGAGCGCAACGUGAGGAUGAAGAUGAUAGCUAAUGCUUGAUGGUACCGGUAUCUUGGCAAACAAAAUCAACAUAUAUUCGUCAAUUUUGCAACGAAAAUACUAGUGACUGGGAGGAAAGGAAUUGAAUGGGAACGUGUUGUAGGCCUGAAUCCCUGGCGUAGCUACAAGA